AUGUCUUCGUCCCCUUUACCAGCAUCCGCAUCAACUACAUCUAACAACAACACUGCUACUAGUACUUCGAAUAACUCAGGGAGACCUAGACAACGACGUAAUAAUGAUCGCGAACGCCGACCUCCGGACGGAGGAAUUGGCGUAGAUGGCUCACAGGAGCGUCGAAAUAAUAACCAACAACGGCGCAGGAGACCGCCGCGCGACGACUCGCAGGGCGCGAAUGCCGGCGGCUCCGAGCAGAAGCGCGACGGCGGGGAAGUGCGCAAGCGACGCCCGCCGCGAGAGCGCGAUGCGCCGCCGCACGAGGGCGAUCCGAAGCCGCGAUCGCAGAAUAAGCGCGGGGCGCGCUUCAACGGCGGGCUGACGUCUGACGCCGACAAGGGCAAAGGGAAGGCCAGGGAACCUGUCCAGCGCUACGCCCAGCCGGCCAGGGAGGACGACGAUCUGGCGACUCGUCUCACACGCGCUCUGUCGACCGCCCCGUACCCUGACUGCCCAAUCUGCUUUGCACCCAUACGUCCUGAACAGCCGACAUGGUCUUGCUCGCCGCCUCACGUCCCUGCUGCCUUCUCUGCUAUCGACGGCGAAGAUGCCAAUGCCGUUCAAGAGACGGCUCAAUGCUGCUGGACGAAUUUUCAUAUGAAGUGUAUCAGGAAUUGGGCAGAGACGAGCGUGAAGAACUGCAACCGCCCUUGUUGCCCGCUCGCUGCUCUGGCGGCGGGAGGAAAGGGCAAAGGGAAGAGGAAGGCGCAAGUGUCACAACAGGAGAUCAUCGAUCCCGAGGGAUGGCAUGUCUGUGAUCUCGUCUGUGGAAAGCCGCUCGCGUGCGGGAACCAUGAUUGCGAGGAGAGGGACCAUAAGGGCGUCUGCCCCAGUUGUCUACGGAGCUCUUUCGAGGAGAUGAUCUGCUACUGCGGCCGCACAGUCCUCGAACCGCCCAUCCCCUGCGGCACGCGCAUAAACUGCACCUACCCCUGCACCCGUGGCAACCCGCCCUGCGGCCACCCGCGCAUCCCACACGCCUGCCACGAAGACCCCUCUCCCUGCCCGCCCUGCGUAGUCCUGACAUCCAAGCCCUGCGCCUGCGGCAAACAGAACGUCGCGAACGUCCGCUGCUCGCAGGAGAAAGUCUCGUGCGGCCAGGCUACGGCGCUCAAGUGCAGCGAUGAAUGCGCAAGGGAGAAGAGGAAGGCGAAGCUGGCUGAGGCGUUUGGCGUUGUACCUGGUGUGGGCGGAGGGAGUGUGCAGGCUACGACGUAUAGCGAUGAGUUGAGGGACUUCGCGAGAAGUACGGCACAUGGGAAGUUCGUUGGUGUCGUCGAGAAGGCUUUCGCAGACUUCCUCGCCUCGGACAAGAAAGCGCAAACUCUCCCGCACAUGCCCGAACCCCGCCGACGCUUCGUAUACGCACUCGCAUCCGUAUACCGUAUGGACGCCCAAAUGGUCGAUGCAGAACCGCACCGCUCAGUGCAGAUCAUUCGGCGCAUCGACUCACGCAUCCCAGUGCCCUUACUCUCGACCGCCAUAGCACAACAACCUCAGCGCGCCUCUACGACUGCCGCUUGGGGCGCGAAACUCGUCACUCCCCAACCCGCACCUGUGACUGGGCCUGCGGCGAGUAGAGGGUGGAGGAGUGUUGUUGCGCAACCAGGAAGUGUGAUUAAGCCUGCGCCGCCCGCUCCUGCCCCCGUUGCGAGCACGUCGAGGCUUGUACCACUCAGACCGUCAACGUCGACAACGAGGUCGGCUGUAACGACGCCGAAGGCCUCGGCGCCUGUUUCUGGGUCUGCGACGCCUGUGCGUCUUGCGGAUGUUGGAGAUGUGCCGGAGAACUGGGAGGAUGAAGCUUGA